AUGUCUCUCCAACAAGUCUACACGAGGUUUCUAGCCUCUCCUGACUCAAAAGCGCUGUUUGAGUCGCCAUCGAUGCAUUUCAUCACAACUCUCAUCACUAUCAAUUCUGCUGAAGACAUAUUAAAGUACCUCACUCGCGAGCCUACCUUUCUCAAGAAGCGCAUCGAAAAGCCGCUCUCUGCUAUCGAGAACAGUGAUUCGCUAGUUUUGGAAAUGGAGACGGAAAUGGAAUUCAUCAGUAGUGGGGGUAACUAUCUACCUGCGUUGGAUGAUAAUUUCUUGGCCGACCAGGUCGUUAUGGUGCCAAUUAUCCACAUCGUCAACUUUGAAGAUGGGCUUAUCAAGCAGAUCCGUCUUUACUGGGACCAGUCAUGCCUUCUAAAGCAGAUUGGCGUUAUUGGUCGUAACGGGCGCAAUUGGCCCAUCAAAGACGGUCGCGACCAGUGUAAGCUCGUGGGAACUUCAGUGGUCGGUACUACAAAUGCUCCUGGCGCACCUAAACCUGCUCCUGUAGCUGUGCAGAACGGGAACGGCAAUAGGACACGCGCCGGAACAAGGAAAAGUUCAGCUUCCUCCGUUGCAAGCAGCACCACCACAAACCCGACAAGAGAUCCACAUCGUAGUUUGUCGCUUUUCACUCCUCAGGAGGAUGAUACAGAGAGAAUUAAGGGCCCGGCAAUCGCCCCUCGUGGCUCUGCGAAACCUCCAAGCCGUGAUCUUGUCGAAAUCAUCGGCACCAACGAGAACGGCGAACCGAUCCAGAAACAGCCUGAAACAUUUGUCGCUCGUAAAGGAAAUAAUGGAUUCGCCGCGCAGCGUACCUUUGAGAUCGGCAGCGAAAACGAUAAGACACCUAAGAAUGUAGAACGCACCGUUAUUCUCGACCCCAAAAAGUACCAUCAUUUUGAGUUCACCGAUGAACCCGAAGAGAGACCAUUACCUGCUCAAGCCGCAUUGACGAAGCAAUCAAAUCAUUCUUCUUCAUGGGGCUUUGAAGAUUUCACUACUCCCGAGAAAAGGCCGUUGAAGCAUCGCAAGGACGACGAGAGGCACUUUGGAUGGAGUGACGAUGAAGAGAAGCCAGAGCCAAUAAAACUUCCAAAAAAGAUGGUUCCCCGCAAAGAUUCCGAAACACAUUUCUCGAUCAAAGAUACAGAUACUCCCGAAACCGUCGCGAAAAUGAAGCUAACCGGAAUCGGCCGUCCUGGUGUCAACUCCCAUUUCGAGAUCGCCGAUGAGUCCCCAGCAGGGUCCCACGUCAAGAGGCCAACCCAAGGGAAAGCGGCACUUAACAAUAUUUCGGGACACUGGGGCGAGAAUGAUAGUCCCAGUGGCGGUUUCUUUGAAGCGUUUGGGAAAGAGCAGGCUACGGGGGGGAUCAACAUCGCUGGUGAUGGUAUCGGAACACGUAAAUCCCAAGGUCGGGAGUUGAACUUCGAUGACGAAGUUCCCGGCCAGCGGGUACAGGCAAUCGAUCUUCCAAUCCGCACUAGAAGCCAAACUCAGUCAGCGAAAGAUAAUAACAUCUGGGGUUAUUAA